GCCAAGACGGAGAUCAUGGAAGACCGAAACUCCGGCUAUUCUGUCAUUACGGAGCCCACCGGCGAGGGUGAUCUGUUUCCUAUGUGGGACACCACGGGUGCUGAUGAGCUGAGGCUGGUGAAUGGAAGCAGGCCCUGUGCCGGGAGAGUGGAGGUUAAACACCAGGAUCAGUGGGGGACGGUGUGUGAUGACAACUGGGACAUGGAAGAUGCUGAGGUGGUUUGUAAGCAGAUGGGAUGUGGAUCUGCUGUCAGUGCCCAUGGCCGGGCUUAUUUUGGAGAAGGAUCUGGACCAACUUGGCUGAUUGUUGAUUGUGAUGGUGACGAGUCAGCUCUCUGGGACUGCAAACAUAGAGGAUGGGGUAAAAUCACCUGCCUUCAUUAUUAUGAUACUGGAGUGAUCUGCUCAGGAUAUGCUGGGUACAGGCUGGCAAACGGCAGCACAAGGUGUUCGGGGAGAGUGGAGCUUCGCCACGGAGGCGCCUGGGGAACCCUCUGUGACUCCCAGUGGGAUUUACAGGCUGCCCACACCGUCUGCCAGCAUUUUGACUGUGGAUUUGCUCUGUCGAUGCCAGCAGGGCAGCUCUUUGGCACAGGAGACGGGCCUGUCUGGAACGGCACAUUUGGCUGUGAGAGGAACGAUUCCCGCCUGAGGGACUGUCCUGUUACUGCACUGGGCACAACUGAGUGUCCACCUGGGAGUGAAGCCAGCGUGGUGUGUUCAGGGUGCCCGGGUGGCAGGUUAGUGAACGGCACCGAGUGCUCCGGGAGAGUGGAGAUCCGACAUGGAGACACAUGGGGAAGCCUCUGUGCCUCCCACUGGGAUUUGCAAGAUGCCAAUGUCCUCUGCCAUCAGCUGAACUGUGGAUACGCCGAGUCAAUCCAGGGAGGAGCCCAUUUCGGGGAAGGGAACGGAACCGUAUGGAGCGACGCUUUUCAUUGUGAAGGGACUGAAACUUGUCUGUGGGAUUGUUCUCACGUGGCCCUGGGCAACCCAACCUGCUCCCCCCGAGACACGGCCAGGGUCAUUUGCUCAGGUCGUUCUGAGGCGCUCAGACUGUUGUAUGGAGAGAGCCGAUGCAAUGGGACAGUCGAGAUUUCCCUCCAUGGUGUGUGGAGCAGAGUGCUGGAUGACCAGUGGGACAUGAACGAUGCCACCGUGGUCUGCAGACAGCUCCAGUGCGGAGUCGCUGAGAAAGCUUAUAAUCCCCCUAAGUCUGAGCGAGGAACGGGCCCCGUGGGGCUGAAAAGUGUCCGAUGUGCAGGAAAUGAGACUCGUCUGACUCUCUGUGACAACUCCGCAUCUGAGACAGCCCAGGCAGGAAUUGCUGAGGACGUCGGUGUCGUUUGCUCAGGAAGCAAGCGGAUCAGACUGGUGAAUGGGACAGGUCGCUGUGCCGGGAGAGUGGAGAUUUAUUACAAUGGCAGCUGGGGGACAGUCUGUGAUGAUUCCUGGGACUUACCAGACUCCAGUGUCAUCUGCAAACAACUGGGAUGUGGACAUGCCAUCAAUGCAACUGUCUCUGCUCAUUAUGGGCAAGGAUCCGGGCAGAUCUGGCUGGAUGAUGUGAACUGCUCUGGGAAGGAAUCCAAUCUUUGGGAGUGUCCUUCCAUGGGCUGGGGCCAGCACAACUGCAGACACAAAGAGGACGCGGGAGUUCUCUGCUCAGAGUUCACAGAUCUGAGGCUGGUGAGCGACAGUGACUGUGCUGGGCGGCUGGAGAUUUUCUACAAUGGGACGUGGGGCAGUGUUUGCUCCAAUGGGAUGUCUGGAGUCGCCGCAGCAAUUGUCUGCAAACAGCUGAACUGUGGGGAUGGAGGGCAGAUUGCAAGAGACUUUGCAUAUGGAGCAGGUUCUGGUCCCACGUGGCUGGACCAUGUUGCAUGCAAUGAGCAGCACAGGUCUCUUUGGCAGUGCCCAUCAGACAUGUGGAAACAGCAGUCCUGUGAUAACCGCGCAGAAGAGACCCAUAUUUCCUGCAGUGACCAGGAGAAGUUACGUGUCAUGGGAGGAGAGGACAGAUGCUCGGGGAGAGUGGAGGUUUGGUACCGUGGCUCCUGGGGAACAGUUUGUGAUGACUCCUGGGACAUGGCGGAUGCUAACGUUGUGUGUAAACAACUGGGCUGUGGAUCUGCUCUAUCUGCCCCUGGUGAGGCUGCAUUCGGUGAGGGGACUGGUCCCAUCUGGGUGGAGAAGGUGAACUGCAGAGGGACAGAGUCAUCUCUCUGGGACUGUCCUGCCAAGCCCUGGGGUGAAAGUAACUGUGGCCAUAAGGAAGAUGUUGCAGUGAAUUGCUUAGGUGUGACAGAGAUGACAUCAUCACUGAGUAGAACAGGUAAAACAUCCCCUGCUCCCAUCAAGAUCCUCUGGUGCUGGAUCACAGAGGAUGAGAUGCAAGCUGUGCCUCAGAAUAAUCUCUUCCUGUCACAUGUUCAUUUCCAUCCAGCUCCCCCACGCCGCCCUCUGACUGACAGUGGGAGAGUCACGGUGCCUGUGGUCAUCUGCAUUAUCCUCGGGGCCCUGCUCUGCCUGGUCUUAAUCAUCCUGGGUGCACAGGUACAAAGUGCCAGGGCACAGCGCAGAGGCUCCAGAAGAUCCUUGGACCCUUUCUCUGAGGCCGUGUACGAGGAGAUCGAUUAUAACCUGAUGAGAAAGAAGCAGGAAAUGUUUGAUCGCUCAGAUGAUUCAGUGACGAAGCUGCAGUAUUACACUGGGGACAGCGAGGGGGAAAAUGAUCCUGGAUCAGAACAAGAGGGAGCUUCCCCAGGGGGGUCUCGGUGGGAUUACGAUAAUGUGGAGGAGCCUGCCUUGAGCAACGUUCCCCAGACUCCAGACAGUCGAGAGGUCCCUGCCCUGCCUGGAGAUGACCCAGAGAACGGUUAUGAUGAUGCCAGAGAAAUUUCGGACCUUGAAGAUGACCCUGGUUCUGGACCUAGUGCCCAGGAAGUCACUGGGGCCCAUGGGGAAAGCGUCAGGAACAGGGAUUCAGAGACAGAAUGGCGUCUGCACUCACUAAGAAGUGAAGGGGCCUCUGGGGCUGAGAGUGACGUCCUGUCCCCACCUCCUCGUGACCCGGGUUCUGAUGACAUUGGUGAUGGCAUCUCUGGGACAUCAAUAUAAGAAUGACUGAGUUCAGAUCAAAAAUCCUGUGAGGAUGUAGUUGCUGUAUGGUUAGACUCUUCCUGUCCCAAAUGCUCAUUGACCCAUGGGGGCAUCGGAGAAAAUCCCUGCCUGGGAAUUACUUCAAUCAGCUUUUUUAUUUCAGUUUUGUUUAAAUGCAAGAAAUAAGUGUGACUGAGACAGGGGCUGUGAUUUCCCCUCUAAUUUCACAUUGAUCAGAACUUCCCUGCUUUUUUGUU